AGCCGUUAGGUGAUCACACACGGCGCGCGGGCUCCGAACAGUGCUGGGUACUGGUACCUUAACCAACAGCGACUACGACGACAACGUUGCGACGUUCUUAGUUUCUUUUUUUCGUUACUUUUUCUGCGGUCACAUUGCUGUGGCUGGUACUUCCCAUUUCCCACAGAACCGUUCGUUGGUGGUUCUGAACCGAGUGAGUGUCCCGCACUUCCUACAUGGUCCGUUUUGCGGAGGAUCAUCCGAACCAACCGUUGUCGGUGCCGGGAUUGCGAAAGUUCUGAUUAAAAGUGACGAUGAUAUGUUAGGCUGUGCUUUCUAACUUGGAAAUUUGCUUGAGCUGAUCGAGCUAGAGUAGUGAUCGAGGUAGGCGCCUGCGGAAAACAGGUGUCAACUCUUUUGUGCGGUUGAAGGAAGCAGUUUUCGCUGGAUCGAAGCAAGUUCCGUGUGCAAUAAAAAAUAGUAGCUGUGCGAGUGGCCAGAAGCAGAAUGACGUUUCGAAAAGCACGUUAUCUUCUCGAAGGUGCAGCUUCCGCUGAAGCUAAAGGGUGACACCGCUGGUGAGGUGUGAGAUAUUUUGAAAACAGUGCAAGAAUAUUUGUUGGGAAAACUAAACGAAUAGAAAAGGUGUGUUUUGAAGAAAAUACUAAAAAACAAGAAGUUUGGCGCUAAGAAAAAAGUGAGUCGGUGCAGAAGUGAGCAGAACUGACAGCAGAAUAGUUGCAGGAUCCGGAUAACUCGAACAACCGCUGCUCGGCGACGGCGUCACCAGCGUUGAAGAACUCUCUGCAACACAAUCUCCAAGGGGAUCGCCUGAUCACCGACCGAUCAUAGAAGCGUCCCCGUAUCACAUCCGCGUUGGCCACGUUACCCUACAGGACCCUUCAACCCGGAACUGUAUCCGAGAACCCAUCACCGGCAGUUGUAGAAACAUUCCCCGAACCCUGAACACACACACACAUACCAACCAACCAACAAAAAAAACCCUCUUCGUCCUGCGCGGUGGCCAGCCGGAGAAAAGCAGUAACCAAAUCCAAAACCCCGAUUGUAUUUAGAUCCCCCCCCCACGAUCCUAGCCGUACCAGAACACAGAUCUCAGCGUGUGUGUCGUCGGGGUACCAGCAUCGUCCGUCCAGCCAUUUUCCGUGCUCGACUUCUUGGAUACUUGGAUACAGCUGGGCAGUACGCAAAACGCAACCGUGUAAAUGCUUGGAGUUACGAUGCUGAUGCUGCAUUAUAACAAACACGGCGAGUGCAUACUCCAGGAAAUCGGUGCAGCAUUCCGGGGUGAGCAUGCAACAGACCUUCUGCUGAUCUGCGAUGGCAAGCAGACGGUUCGCGCCCACAAACUGGUACUGGCUGCGGCCAGUCCACUGAUCAGAAUGAUUCUAGAGGAUACGCCAGUCCUCGAUGGUAUCACGACGGUGUACUUUCCGGGCGUACAGGUGUGCUACUUCCGACUCCUGCUGGAUUUUCUCUACUCCGGCCAGGUGUACGUGCGAUCCGUCGACGAAUACCACCACCUGCAGGAUCUGCUAGCGCUGCUACAGAUCAAGGCCAGUAUAUGGAAGAAUAGUGAUGGCUCCAAUGAAAACGAAUCCCGCAAAGGCGAACCCCACGUGGACAUCAACCGGAACGAGGGUAUCGCGUCCAGUCACCACUCGAGGCGGCGAUCGCGAAGUCAGGAAUCACUUUCCGGUAACAGCACUCCCAAAAUCAGCGUCAAAAGCGAGCGGAAUUUCGGCAGUUCCGAGGAGGGCGAUCGCGACGAAAACGAGUUUAUGGACGAGGUGGAUGAAGCGAUCAUCAAGAGUAACAACAACCUGCAGCACCAUCAGAUCAGCAGACACGACGCGGACGAGGAUGCGGGAGGUGGGAGUGGGAAUGAUGGUAGUGAUGCGGGAGGAGGUGAACGGCCGGAAGGACGAGCAGGUUCGGCAGCAGGCGAAAGCGGUGACCGACCAACGCCGACGAAUUUGAGCGGCAGUAUCAGCGGCUGCGCUGGAAGUGGCCGACUGAGUGGGAGUGGUGAUCCAGAUCCGGAAGAUGACGAAGACUACGAACUGGACGUUGAAGAUCGCGAAGGAGAUGACAGUGCGGAACAGCGUGAACGACUGAACGAGUCAAUCGCGAAUCGAAGAAGUUCUUCGGAUCCGGUAAAUUUGUCCAUUGUCAAAACGCAGGAUGCUGAUUCGGAUGACGCCAACAUCGACGUGGAAACGAUAGGAAAUGCACCGACUAAGAAUCUUCUACCGCCCCGAUUCCUGGACCCGUUCCGUACCAAACGAAAAGCGUACUACAUGCACCCGGACGCGGAACUACCCGACGCCGAAACACCCGAUGCGGAAACACCCGACAAUUAUGUCGUGACGCGACGGCCGACGACGACGUGGCGAAAGCGUCGACCAGGUUUCCACAAUUCACCCGCCCAGAAUCCGCCCUUCGUACCGAGCUAUCUGGGACUGGAUGAUCUCAGGAAUCGGAAGUGUUUCCUGCCCGCUCCGCCCACGUACCUGUCCGACAUCCGUCCGUGUUCCCCCGGGUCCCAGCGACCAACCGACAUGCCGAACCCGGGUAACUAUGCUAGCAAUAACAACAACAGCAGCAGCAAUAACAACAAUAACAACCGGAUACGUCCGCCGAGCACCGAUAACAAGCUCGCCGUUGCACCUUUCGUGUAUCCGUGGCCAACGGCUGCUCUCGCCGGGCUACCCGGUGGACCCGGUGAACUACUAGGGAUAUCGUACGUUCAUGGUGGUCCCAAUGCGGAACCCAGUCCGGCCGAGUUGAUUCAGCAGAUACAGAAAUUCGAGAACAGCCAAGCCGAGCUGAAUGCCCGAUCCGGGAGCAGUGGUUGUGGUGGCGGCGGUAACGGAGUUGGUGGUGGACCAGGAGGUGUCGCCAGUGCGGGAAGCAUGGGUGGUAACACAACCGUGCGGGAGUACCGUUGCGAGUACUGUGGGAAGACGUUCGGUAUGAGUUGGAACCUGAAGACGCAUUUACGGGUUCACACCGGAGAGAAACCGUUCGCCUGCCGGUUGUGUGUGGCGAUGUUCAAGCAGAAAGCUCACCUGCUGAAACAUCUCUGUUCGGUGCAUCGGAAUAUUAUAAACGCACCGGAAGCGGGUGGACGGUACACCUGCUGUUUCUGCACGCUGUACUUCGAGACCCUGCAGGAGCUGGUGCGGCAUCUGUCCGGGCAUCAUAACAACCUACUUCUGAGCAAGAACCUCCACGAAUGAUACCAGCUCCUGGAUUUGAAUUAUUACUAUUACUGCUAUCGGUUGGAAAUGUUCACCACCCGUUUGUAAGAUAGAAGUUUGUGAUAGAAUUCUGAAAUACGGAUUGCAAUCUUUGCCGGAACGCUAUUCGUAUGAACCACACAAUGAACUGUGUGACAUCCAAGUAAGCUUCGAAUUUAUAAUGCAACAAAAACUACUGUGACAUAACCUAUAAAAGACGCCAUCAUAGUUCGUUUUUUUUGGAUACUCGAGUAUACGCCUACUAUAGACCCCCGAACCAACACACACACAUACAGAAGACCGUUCCAAAAAGACAUGUGCUUUGAGGGAUAACUCAAAGAGAGAUUAUUUUCCCGUGCGUGGUGUCAUUUCCAAAUUGCGAGUAGCGUUCUUUUGUUAUUAUUACUAUUAUUUUAUCAUUCGUUUAUUAAUGUUUUGCUGUACAACAGCGGAGCGCACAAUUUGUUGAAUUAAAUCACCUUCACGCGCACCUAAGGAGCAAUAUCUAGGGUUAAGUCUUCUAUUGAGGAACGGAGCCGUAACUUAUUCGCUAUGUAAGAAUACACACGAACAAACCUCACCGCAAA